CAGUAGCCUAUACACACUGUCUCUCUCCCUCAUUCAGCGCCUGGCUCGCUCUCUACACUCAAAACGCGCUGCUCCUCGCCUCCUCACUGCAUCUGUCCUCUUCUCCCUGAACUGAGGUACCAUGCAUCCUCCUCUCUCAUCCUCCUCCUCUCUGCUUGUCCAUUAUUAUUCCAGGCGUCCUCUGCCAAACAGAGCAUUCUUACUGCAAAGCCGGGGACCAUAAACCCUGUGUUACUUGCUUGAGGACUUUGGAGACGGGACAAGGGGUGGUUGCCAGAUUUGAGGACAGAACAGCUGCUGCUUCCUUUUGGGAUGUGAAUCUUUGCCGGGACUUCUGCUUGCUGCUGUGUAACACCGCACUCAUUCUUCUCAAAGUUGCAGAAGGGCAAGCAUCAAUCAAGAAUCUUUCCUCGCCAUUGUUUUGGAGAACGCUCUGACAACUAAUUGCUUUGUGGAGUCCAACCAGCGCAGGAUCCCGGUUUCAACUCUGCAUACACGGACCAGCGCUGCUCUGCUGUUAUGGUGAAUCUUGACAUAACAUCAGCUUGAGAUUCUCUACCCGAAGCUCAAAAAAAACUGAACAAUCUCACGCUCCAUCAGUCCUGCCUGUGACUUCCAUAUGAAAUUCAGCCGUAGCGUUCAGAGCUGGCCAGGACUACAGACUUUCAACUUCACAUAAAAACAGAAAAGGCUACAUCUGUGUCAGAAAACAACACAGAAAACAAGACUGUUUAAUACUUUGAGGGCACAAACAGAACCUUGUUCGUCUUAGCGUUGCUCUAGUGGCCUUCCAAUCUGGCUGCAGCCAUGCAGGUGUCUUUUGCAUGUACAGACCAUGGGCUAAAGGCCCCACGAAAUGGCGAGCACAGCAAACAGAACGCCACCAGCCCCAACACAGCCAGCCAGGCCCGGGCCCGCUUCCGCACCGUGGCCCUGAUCGCCCGCAGUCUGGGCUCCUUCACCCACCGCUACCACCACAACCUCAAGGAGUCCACAGCCAAGCUCACGGGCAUGAAGUACCGGAACCUGGGGAAAUCUGGCUUGCGUGUCUCCUGUCUUGGGCUCGGAACAUGGGUGACAUUUGGAGGUCAAAUCUCCGACGAGGUGGCCGAACAGCUGAUGACUAUCGCCUACGAGAGCGGGGUCAACCUGUUCGACACGGCCGAGGUCUACUCCGGAGGGAAAGCAGAGAUAAUCCUGGGCAACAUCAUCAAGAAAAAGUGCUGGAGGAGAUCCAGUCUGGUGAUCACCACAAAGCUCUACUGGGGAGGAAAAGCAGAGACAGAGAGAGGGCUCAACAGAAAACACAUCAUUGAAGGCUUAAAGGGCUCCCUCCAGAGGAUGCAGCUUGAGUAUGUUGAUGUGGUUUUUGCCAACCGACCAGACAGCAACACUCCCAUGGAGGAAAUUGUCCGAGCAAUGACACACGUUAUUAACCAGGGGAUGGCCAUGUACUGGGGAACAUCUCGAUGGUCUGCCAUGGAGAUUAUGGAGGCAUACUCUGUGGCCAGGCAGUUUAAUCUAAUUCCACCAGUUUGUGAGCAAGCAGAAUAUCACUUCUUCCAGAGAGAUAAAGUGGAGACUCAGCUACCAGAGCUCUAUCAUAAAAUAGGUGUGGGUGUUGUCUCUUGGUCUCCCUUGGCCUGUGGAAUUAUCACUGGGAAGUAUGAGAACGGUGUCCCAGAAUCCUCCAGGGCCUCAUUGAAGCCAUACCAGUGGUUGAGAGACAAGAUAACAAGUGAAGAUGGGAGAAAACAGCAAGCCAAACUAAAAGAACUGGCUCAUAUUGCAGAAAAGCUUGGAUGCACUUUACCACAGCUAGCCAUAGCCUGGUGUCUGAGGAAUGAGGGAGUGAGCUCAGUGCUGCUGGGAUCAUCCAAUCCAACCCAACUAACAGAGAACCUGGGAGCCAUUCAGGUAAUUCCAAAGAUGACAGCAGGCAUUGCCACAGAAGUGGAUCAUAUACUGGGCAAUCGUCCUCACAGUAAAAGGGACUACCAUCAUUAGGAUGAAUCUAUGAACUAUGCUCGAAAGCUUAUCAAAGCUCACUACUCACAGCCAUGGCACGAAAAAUCUGUGCCCAACUAUGCUCGUGUGUGCGUAUGACUGUAUGUGUGACUGUGACAAAUGUUCUGCUUGGCUCCUUGUGUGUAAGAAGAUCGCCCAGUACUCAUUAUUGUAAAGUGAGCUACUUGACAAAGCAUGCAUGCUACAGCUAUAGCAAACAGCCAUUGGACUCAGUCAGACAUGAAGAUCCAAUAAGAGGAUUUUUUUUUCUGCUCAGUCAAACUAUGCAGAAGAAGCUGAACCAGAAAUUCCUUAAAUUUAUUGAGUAAUUAAUCUUGUCCACUGAGCCAGGGAGCUCAAGAUGACUACCAGUACCAUGGGCAAGUUACAUAACUCAACAAAAAUGGAUUUCUGUGAACUGGGGUGUCACAGUACUUUAGAAGCACUUGUUUCCCCCAAAAGCAUUACAUCUGCUCAGGACAGUGCAGUAAAUGCAUGACAAAAAGAUCAAGCGCAUCAAAUUAUAUACAAAAAUCUAGCUUACUAAAUGUUUGUGAUGUGUUGAAAAAAAUAAAAAAUGACAUGUAACUGGGCUGGUCUUAGGACAGUGGAUGAAAAGCUAAUACCUCCCAUUGCAGCUGAAGCUGGCCUGUCAACAUUAUAAUUUUAAUAUUGGAUGAACUAACAAUCUGUUGCCGCUAAUACCAAGAGCAAGAGAGCUACAUUUAACCAUGAAAUGUAUCAAAACAUCUGUACUGACUGUUUUAUACUGUAUUUCCUUAGCCUAAUAAGCAGCUAUGUCAAAAUGGGCUUUUUGUCUUGUAUUUUUUGUCUUUUUUUUUUUGUUUGUUACCUUUAAAUCUCAAAGUAUUGUUCAAUAAUUUCCUUGUUUUGUGCCCAUCAUUUCACUUUUAUUUUAAACUUUGACAGACUUUCUGUCAGGACUGAUAAUGUCUGGAUCAUCUACCUGGGUUAUAUGUUGUGACUAAAACAUUUGUGUAUUCAAAGUUGGGAGAUAUGUGGAUUUUACAAAGCCAUGUAGCUAAUGAAGAAUCUCACUACAAAAAUCUACAAUAACUUAUGGACCCUGCAGUCAUUGCACCUGGAACAAACUGAACUUUAACUUCUUUCUUUCCAGAUGCCACUUUUACAUAUUAGGAAUAUCUAAGCUAUCUUCAGUCUGUUAAAACAUGUAUUUUGGUUGUGACCAUCAGAUUUGUACAUACAAAAUAAAGAGCUUAUUCUCAUGUUA